GUCUCUACCUUCCUUUUCCCGGGUUUAAUCAUGCACCACUCCCGGGUCACUCGCGGGUCACUGGCGGUUUCCCAGUCUAGCCCCCUCCAUUAACUGAUCCCUCUCCUUGAAUUUCCAUAUUCAUGGAUCUGAUCAUCUGAUCACUUCAAUCUCUUUCAAAUACUUCAACCCAUAUCCUUUUGCCUGGUCCAAUGGCCCUAAAGCUGCAACUUUACCUCCUCAAGGCUGCAAAUUUUUGGGUUUCCGACACUAAUUCUAUGUUUAAACGAUAACCCUUGUUAGCCAAAUGAAGGCUUAGUUGAUUCUUGCUCAGUUCUUCAAGAAUCAGCAGAUGAUAGAUAGAGAUUAUUUAUUUAUUUCCUGGAAUUUGGAGGCGGUGGUGUCUAGCUGAGGGACUAUGACUUCCGGGACUAGGUUACCAACAUGGAACGAAAGAGAGAACAACAAGAGGAGAGAAAGGAGAAGGAGAGCAAUAGCAGCAAAGAUCUUCGCAGGACUAAGAAUGUACGGUAACUAUAAGCUUCCUAAGCACUGUGACAACAACGAGGUCCUCAAAGCACUCUGCAACGAGGCUGGUUGGACCGUUGAGCCCGAUGGCUCCACCUACCGUAAGGGGUGCAAGCCUGUGGAGCGCAUGGAUAUCAUGGGUGGUUCUGCAACAGCAAGCCCAUGCUCCUCUUACCAACCAAGUCCUUGUGCCUCCUACAACCCUAGUCCUGCAUCCUCUUCCUUUCAAAGUCCAGCUUCAUCCUCCUAUGCUGCUAAUACUAAUGCUGACAGGAAUUCCCCCAUCCUGUGGCUCAAAAACCUCUCAUCUGCAUCCUCAUGUGCAUCAUCCUCCAAGCUCCCCAAUCUCUACAUCCAUGGUGGAUCCAUCAGUGCUCCUGUUACCCCUCCUUUAAGUUCUCCAACUGCCCGAACGCCUCGAAUAAAAGCUGAUUGGGAUGACCAAUCUGCCUACCGAAGCUGGGGUGGGCAGCAUUAUUCCUUCCUGCCAUCUUCUACUCCACCAAGCCCUGGCCGGCAAAUUGUUCCUGAUCCUGAAUGGUUUGCUGGAAUUCGCAUCCCACAGGGUGGCCCAAAUUCUCCCACAUUCAGCCUCGUCUCCUCCAACCCAUUUGGCUUCAAGGAAGAGGCUUUAGCUGGUGGUGGAUCUCAUGGUGGAUCCCGUGGUGGAUCCUGCAUGUGGACUCCUGGGCAAAGUGGGACUUGUUCUCCUGCCAUUGCAGCUGGCUUUGAUCAUACUGCUGAUGUUCCAAUGUCUGAGGCAAUUUCUGAUGAGUUUGCUUUUGGUAGCAAUGCAACAGGACUGGUGAAGCCAUGGGAAGGAGAGCGAAUCCAUGAAGAUUGUGGAUCAGAUGAUCUGGAGCUUACUCUCGGGAGCUCAAGAACCAGGUGACUUGGCAUGAACAUUUGAUCAAAUAGAUCAAAUGGACAAUGGAUUGCAAAAAUGAGAAGUUCCAAUGGUCUCCUUAGGCAAAUAUGAGUUCCAUGUUGUACUUUCUGAAGAAAAAAUUUUAUAAAGGAGAUCAAGGUGGGCACCAGCAACUGCUCUCUUUUUAAAGUCCCUUUUCCUUUCUGUUUUACCAUAUGGAUGGUUUUCAAAAUGAAGGGUAGUUUCACAACCCUUUCAUUAGCCUCUAUGUAUUCUCUGGGGAGAAUUGAUGGAUUUGUAUGGGUUGGCAUUGAAAUUAGUGUCUAAUGACAUGAGUCAAUUGGAUGUAAAUCAAUGGCCAAACCUACCUUCUGUGAAAAUUAUAAUAGAGUGCGUUUUUACCGUCUUUA